UUUAAUCCGGAAAGCAAACCACCAAAAACAGUGGGGUAGAUGUCGGGGAACAUCUACCAAGUUUUAUUAAAAAUAGAAAAUAGGUACAAUGGAAAGGGGGACUAGACCAAAACCUUUCAAGGAGGCAUUCCUCCCGUAAAACAUAUCACAGAAGAAAAUAAAAACGCAAUUGGGGAGACUAGACCUGACCCAAUUGGAAAUACAAUCAAAUAUAGAAAAAUCAAAAUCUAAGUGAAGGAAUGCCAAAUUUAUCCAUGUAAUAGGCUCACCUUGCUCGGACCGGAAAUAAUAAUGGGCUUGAGAAUUUUGUUUUUGAGCAAAGCUAUUUUAAUCUACUCAAAACAAAGAACUACUAUUCAAAAUAAAUUGUCCAUAAUCAAUGGAACAUGGAAAUUACCAUCUAUUCAAUAGUGAUGAAACACUAUUGAAUAGAUGAAGAAUGGAUUCAAUAUGCUUGGCUAGUAAGAAUGGAUCGCUAUUUCAGACUCAACAAUGUAGAUGAAGAAGAAAAAAUGGAAGUAGUUGUGGUAGCUAUGGAAGAUAGAUCGCUGAGUUGGUUCCAAUGGUGGGAAAAUCAAGCACGUGAGAGGAAUUAGGAAGCACUAAAAGAAGCGUUGACUCGUCGCUUCCAACCUGAACUGGUACAAAACCCCUUGGGUCCUUUAUUGAGUCUGAAACAGAAAGGUACUGUGAAGGAAUUUAGAGAACAGUUUGAGAUGGCUACUGCUCCAGAAGGGAACCUGAACGGGGAGGUACUUAAGGGCAUCUUCCUCAAUUGCCUGAAGAGAGAUAUAAGGCCUGAGUUGAAACUCUAUAAUGCAAGAAACUCGGUUGAGAUUAUGGACAAUGCACUGCUAAUUGAAGAUAAAAACAAUGAAGUCUUGUCCACAAGAAAUAAAGAAGAAAGGAAAAGAAUCUGGAAAAAUAAAAGGCGGGAGGAAAUAGUUAUCAAAAAUGGGGAGAAGCAAGUAGAGGAAAAAGUAACCAGAUCACUACUAACUAUUCUGAAAGGAGCUCAGUUGAAAACAAAAGUGUAGAGGGUAUGGCAGCCUCUAACUAAAAGAAUAUGGGCCCCCAGAUUAAACCAAGGUGAAUUACAGGAGAGAAGUAGGAAGAGGCUGUGUUUCAAAUAUGGAGAGAAUUGGAAUAGAGGGCAAGUUUGCAAGAUGAAGAACUUCAAAAUGGUUCUUAUAGAGCAAUCCGAAGGAGAGGAAGAAUCUUAGCCAGCUUCUAGUGAUUCUAAUGAGGGGGAAGGGAUUCAUCUGGAAUCUAAAGCUAUGCAUCUAUUUGUGCUGAGUAAUGAAGGCAUACCCACUAUGAGAACAUUCAAAGUGCUGGCAAUUUUGAAAUGGGCAAUAGGAGAACAACAUGUGAAUGUACUCAUUGAUAGCACAACUACUCACAAUUUCAUAGCCAAAAUUUGGUGAACAAAUGGGAAAUUCCUUUCACAACUAUUAAGGGAUAUAAGGUACAAAUUGGGAAUGGAGAAUAUAUUCCUAACAGUGGAAGAUGUGAGGGAAUGAAGUUAAGGAUGCAAGGGACAAUGAUUCAGCACACUUUCUAUAUUCUGGAGCUAGGAAUGGACUGGCUAACUACUUUAGAAGAUAUGGAGGUUAAUUUCCAAAACCAAACUAUUAAAUGGAGAAUGCAAGGGCAGGAAUGCUCUAUAAAAGAAGAUGCUUCGUUGAAUAAUAUGGAAGUUUCUCUGAAAACCAUGGCACACAUUUUACAACAAACUGGACAUGGAUACAAAUUGUAUUGUGAGGGACAAGGUACUGAGCAAGAUAAGAACAAAGUGCAGGAUGAGGUUUGGAAAGAAAUUGUGAAACAAUUUCCAUAGGUCUUCAAAUCUCAAGAUUCUCAACUGGAUCCACCACCUGUAAGAUCAUGUGAUCAUGCCAUUAACAUCAUCGAAGGAGCCAUCAUCCAUAAUAUCAGGCCUUACAGAACUGCAGAAGGACCCGAAGACCGGUAUGUGGUACGCAAUUUGCAAAUGGUGCGAGAAAAAAUGUAGCAAGGGGGUUUCUGGCGGAUUCAGAAUGGCAAUCAAGCAUAUGAAGUCAUGUGACAAAGCCAAAGGAUCGGGAGGUGCGGAAAGUUCCGAUUGAUUACAAUUUUCAAAAUGUUUAUCUGUUAAAGUUUGUUUUAAUUUUCAAAUGUAGUUCCUAUUUCAUUUCAAAUAAAUGCAAUUGAAGUUUGUUUAUAAUACUCGUAUAAAACUAUAAACUAUAAAAUAUAAAUUAUAAAAAAAAAAUUAACCGGCCCAGCCCGAACCGGACCCGACCCGUGACCCGGACAGGUGGACCAGC